AUGUCUCCGCCGGCUUGGAUCAAGGCCUUACACGUUGAAUCCAAGGGGAAGGCUGUGAUUCAGAAUGACCCCCUACCUAAACUCCGCGACGAUUAUCUCCUUGUCCGGGUCAAGGCGGUCGGCCUAAACCCGACUGACUGGAGGCAGCUUACGCUGGGCACGGAGCCGGGCGCGAAGCUUGGGUGCGACUAUGCCGGCGUGGUCGAGGAGGUCGGGUCGAAGCUGUCCAAGCCUUUCAGCAAGGGUGAUCGUGUCGCUGGUUUUGCGCAUGGCUCAAACGGGAGCCAGCAUGACGAUGGCGCUUUUGGCGAGUACAGCGUCGUCAAGGCCGGCCUUGCUUUCAGGAUUCCCAAUAAUCUUAGCGAUCAGGAGGCAGCUGUCCUCGGCCUCGGCAUCGCUACAGUUGGCCAAGGUCUAUAUCAGGCACUCAGACUGCCACUUCCGACGCAGCCCAUCACUGAGGCCGACUUUCUCUUCAUCUACGGCGGCAGCACCCCCACGGGUCUCCUGGGAAUUCAGUUCGCCAAGCUGUCGGGCUUUACGGUCGUGACAACAUCCUCGCCCAAGAACUUUGACUACGUCAAGUCCUCUGGCGCCGACGUGGUGUUUGACUACAAGGAUGCAGACAAGUGCGUCGCCGACGUGCGCAACUUCACCAGGGGCCGCGUCCGGCGCGCGUGGGAUUGCGUGUCGACGCCGGAGACGGCUACGGUCUGCGCAAAGGUGCUGUCCUCGGAUGGGGGGGAGGAGAGCCGCUACAGCUCCCUCAUUCCCGUAGAGCCCGAGGUGUUGACCAGCGUCAACCCGAACAUACAGUCUGGGUUCACUGUUGCCUACACGGCAUUUGGUGAGCAGUUCGGAAAAUGGGGCAGGGUGAACGAAGCGAGGCCGGAAGACUACGAUUUUGCAAAGACCUUUUUCGAGAUAGCUCGCGGCCUGCUCGAGGAAGGCAAGCUUAAGCCCGUACGCCAGCUAGUUAACCACGGCGGCCAAGGACUCGAUGGUAUCAUCAAGGGCUUGGACGAACUCAAGGCGGGUAAAGUAAGCGCGGCGAAACUUGUCUACACAUUGUAG